CGGUUUUUUUCUUUAUAGCCCCAGUUUGCGCUAGACCAACCUGUGUACUCUCCCUUCUCUCUCACACUCACACAGAGAGGAAAGUGAGCGCUGAUCGGCGGCGCCGUCGUUCACCCGCCCGGUAACUUAACGAUAAAAAAAAGAAGCAAUAAAAGAAAGCCUAGAAUCUGAUUUCUGUAGUAACAACAGUCACAGUUUUGUGCGUAAAUGGAGAUUGAUUCUGAUAUCCACCAUCAGAAUAUCAAGUCAUCGAAUGAAGAAGGCACAUCGAUGCAAACAGACUCAAAUGACUUGUCAAAUGUUCAAGGAAAUAGUAAAGGAAAAGAGGAGCUUAGUGAGUCAAUGGAUAAACUGCAUAUUGAGGGAUCAUCAUCUGGGCAGGCAGGGACUUUGUCACCCAACUUCAGGAGAAAACCAGUUAUUAUUAUUGUUGUAGGAAUGGCAGGGAGCGGAAAAACCACAUUUCUUCAUCGGCUGCUUUGCCACACGCAGGCUUCAAACAUUCGGGGUUAUGUGAUGAAUCUUGACCCUGCUGUGAUGACCCUUCCAUUUGGUGCCAACAUUGAUAUAAGGGACACUGUGAAGUACAGGGAAGUGAUGAAGCAGUUCAAUCUAGGACCUAAUGGUGGAAUUAUGACUUCGCUUAACUUGUUUACUACAAGGUUUGAUGAGGUUAUUUCUACGAUUGAGAGGCGAGCAGAUCAGCUUGAUUAUGUUCUUGUGGAUACACCUGGUCAGAUUGAAAUAUUCACGUGGUCUGCUUCUGGUGCCAUCAUUACAGAAGCUUUUGCUUCAACCUUCCCUACCGUUAUUGCAUAUGUAGUUGAUACACCUCGAGUGUCAAGUCCAGUUACGUUCAUGAGCAAUAUGCUAUAUGCUUGUAGUAUACUUUACAAGACACGGUUGCCUCUUGUGCUGGCAUUCAACAAGACUGAUGUGGCUCAACAUCAAUUUGCCUUGGAGUGGAUGGAAGAUUUUGAGGCAUUUCAGGCAGCAGCAAAUUCAGAUCAGUCUUACACAUCGAAUUUAACUCUGAGCCUUUCCCUUGUGCUGGACGAGUUCUACAAGAAUUUACGGACAGUUGGAGUCUCUGCUGUUUCUGGUGCUGGAAUGGAGGCCUUCUUCAGGGCUAUUGAAGCAAGCGCUGAGGAAUACAUAGAAACCUAUAAGGCUGAACUUGACAAGAGACGAGCAGAGAAGCAACGUUUGGAGGAAGAGCGUAGGAAGGAAAACAUGGAUAAAUUUAAAAAGGAUGUGGAGAAAUCUAUAGCAGAGGCUGUUGUUUUGAGCACUGGUCUGAAGGACAAAGGAGACGCGAGUAAAACCAUGAUGGAUGAGGAAGAUGGAGACAUGGAAGAAGAGGAAGACGAUGAUGACUUUGGGAGAUUUGCUGAAGAUGAAGAUUUAAUAGACGAGGAUGAAGAUGAAGAAGUUGCCGGAUUCUCCUUUUAGUAUACCAUUUAUGCUGACGUGAUUUUCCUUGAACACAGUUUUGUAUAGGGCCUUCACUAGUAACCAAACCACUGAUUGAAUUUUGCAUCUGAAUUGCGUAUACUUUGUGGUUGCGUUCUUGCACGCAGAGUAUCUCCAUAUCGUUUGCCGCACAGGAUAACUAAAGAAGCUCUUGUUUUCUUACCAAUUUUA